AUGCACCCAUGCCAGCAGUGCAAGCGCCUCAAAAGGCGUUGUGACAGAGUGUUACCCGAAUGCUCAUUGUGCACCAGGACUCAUCGACCUUGUGAAUAUCCACCUGGGUCUAUGCCAGCUUCACCACAAGCUCAGUCGCCACAGAGCUUCUUGCCAGAUAUCCCUAUAAACCGAUUUCCUGCGACAUACUUUUUUGAUCGCCGGGUAUUCAACGACUGCCAUAUGAGCAUAGAAAGGGGGCAUCUACCACCAUCGUCUGUUGUACUUAAUGGUUUGAAGAGCACCGACGAGAUUCGUCAAAUUGCGAAUAAGUAUUUCACUUCGGUGCAUCUCUGGUUUCCCAUUAUCAACCGGAGCAAGUUUUACGGCAGCUUUUUACAUGGUUCCGUUGAAGCAGACAUUGAAAUCUCUCUCCUUGCCAUGUGCAUGCAGAUUCUAGGAUCUCGUUCAUCUAAUGGCAUACAAGCCCCGGACGCAGGAUAUAUCUCGAUCAGGCAGGCAUUUAUGCAGCUAGAGCAAGCUGGCGUUUUGAAUAUCACGGUACUACAGGCUCUAUUACUAACCACGCUCUAUGAAGUCGGCAACGGCAUAUACCCUGCUGCAUAUCUCACGAUUGGCAAUUGUGCUAGAUACGCAGUUGCAUUAGACCUGGAUAGAGAAAUACUCAACUGGGAUUACAAUGCACCUGAUUGGGUUAUGAUGGAGGAAAAGCACCGAGCCUGGUGGGCUGUGCUCAUACUUGA